CGGAAUCCUCCUCGGCCGCAGUCGUCUUCGGGACACAACCCUCGCGCGCGCUAGCACCAGUGGUCGGAGAUUGGCGGGCGUCUCAGAAGCCCCACCGGAGUCCUGCGGCCGUCAGCGGCGGUCGAGAUGCACGAGACACUACUACUUCUCCUGACCACGGCACUCUUAGGCCGCACAUCAUCUGGCAAUGAGGCCAUACCCACCAACGUAACUGAAAGAAUCGUCAAGUUUAGAGACACUGCUCUUUGUGGCAAAAUACUAAAUGCCAACAUUGACUGCGCUCUUCAAAAAACUAAUGAGCAACCAAUCACCGAACAAACAACUGCUUCUCAGCUGGACGAACAACAAGAAACCACAACUUCACUCUGCGUCAAUCCCGAAAAUCACACAGAACUCUGUGGAAAUUCGGAAGCCACCUCGCAGAACGAAGUGAAAGAUGAAAGCAGUUCCACCGAAGCUGUGGCGUCGACCACGAGUGUCAAUGAUUUGCAGGCAGAGGAAACCUUCCAUACGUUCUCCGUAGCUUUGCCACCUUCCGAGAUCAUUAUAAAUGUGGAAAAAACUGCCAGGAGGGCAUCCAAACCAAAAAUAAACCAAGCCUUAUUCUCCUUGAACGCUGCUCAAAGACUCGCGGCCAUACGCGCACCACCGCCGACAAAUAAAUUCCCUUCAACCCAAUUCGAAGUGAUGAAGUCGAUCGAAAUUCCAUUCGACAGCUCUCAGUUUCAAAUAAACAACGCUGCAGAAGGCCUGCCAGUGCCUGCCCAUAGUGACCAGGUACCUGUGAUCUACAAACGCGCGAGACUGGAACCUAUGGAAAACAUACUCCAGCGCCGAGACUGCAAUGAGGCCAACGGGCAGAACCAAAGACGACACAUAAGUGGCAGUUCAACAUGGGUGAAUUCAAAUGCUAAGCAGUGCAAAUUAACAGACGAAGAAAAUAAUAAAUUAUCAUCACAAAAUCAACUCCCAGACUACUUCGAUUUCAACAGCAGAACGUUAAUCGGGAAUAAUAUGGUACGGCAGAUGAAUGAAAAAAGUAUAUUUGGUGUAAAAGAACCACGGUUAGCAGAGAUUCCAGAUGAGGAAUUGAAAGAAAAUCACUCUGAGCCUUAUGUCAACAUCGAAGAAAAUUCAUUCUCAAAAUCACCCACAACUUCCACAGUCACUGAAGACAUCUACAACACUUUAACUUCACCAAAGCCUCCAACAAGGACGCACAGGAGACGAAACAAAAAUGACAUUUACAAUCCCAGUAAUACAAGAAAUUUUUACAGGAGCAGAUUCAGAAAAAAUCAAGGAAACAUGGAAAGCAAUACCAGAGAUGAUAUAGAGUAUGGCCAGAGCAUUGGCAGUUCGACUACAACAGAGGUCAACACUAGGUCUAGACCGAAGGAGGGUCAAAGUAGAUUUCGCAAACCUAAUAUUGAUUUUGGUACCAGAAAUCAAAGUUCGCCGCAGGUGUCUUCGACAGUUAGAACAUACCCUGGGCGCUCCCAAAGGAGAAGAACCAGAACUACAACUGAGAUGUCGCCAAGAAGUCACUCUACGACACCAAGCAAUAAACAUGCUGAAGAGGAACUCUCGAUCUCACCGACACGACCAAGCCACGUUAAAACCUCACAAGAAGCAAAUACAGAAUCUCACGACUUCCAGCCACAACACCAAACAUUACCACCGAGAACACAAUUGCAAAACCACCACGAGUCAUCAACACAGUCAACUACUCCGAGACCUCGUGGCACUAGGAAAUACACCGAACAUGAAAUUUUCCAAACAGAGCUUCCUGUAAGUGUGCAUAGUACUAUACAAACGUCAAGAAAACUCAACAGAAAUCCAGAGUUACAGUCAGAAAACCAGCAGCGACCUUAUCAACAACAGGUACAAGCUCAACAUCAACAGCAAAAGCAGCAAGGGCAGCACCAAAAACAACACAGGACAAGGCAGCAACAAUGGCAACAUCAAGAACUACAGCAGCUUGAGCAUCGACAGAAUAAACAAGAAAAGCAACGACAGCAGCAAGAGCAACAGACAGAGAAUCAACAGCAGCAGCACCAAAAACAACAACAGCCAGAGCAGCAAGAAUGGCAACUUUGGCAGCAACAACGACAGCAGCUAGAACAACCUGAGCAUCAACAGCAGCAAAAACAGCAAUCAUGGGAGCAACAAUGGCAGCAGCAAGAACGGCAACGGUAUCACCAACAAUGGAUUCAACCACUUAGUUCCAAACUUCGAAGUGGAGAGCACACACUCGAUGUUUUCACUGAAGUACAGGCUCCCGAAUUCGGCACCCAUCGUGAUGUAUUCACAAAUACACAAACUAAACCCGGCAGGACCAAUCGUGGGCAAACACAAUACCACGAAUCACUCAGCAAUGACCAGUUUCUCCGUGUGUUCCAUCCUACAGCAGGUUCUACGAGCUUCACCCAUCAUGGCAGUAUCCCCACAGUGGAUCAGAGGGGGCAGACCCAGAAUAUUCUGCUCGUCAGCUACCACCAUGAUACAACUGCACCACCAGCAUUAGUAAAGCCAGUGUACCAGAGGCAUGGACCCAGUUUCUUCUUCUAAUGUGUUUCAGAAAAGUGUGACACUCAAAGUAACAAAGGGAGAUUGAUAUGCGUCAGUAAAUGAUGAUCAAAUGACACUUUUGAAUUGGAGUUUCCUGAAUAUGUUUGUCAUUAGUGGUAAUCAUUAAUUUUUUUUUACAAUUGUGCAAUGAUUCCUUUAUGUAUUUAUUUACUCAGUAUUUAGUCUUUGUAAUAUUAAUUUCUAAGCUUAAACAAAGAUUAAAGACUUGAACAGUUGAUUAAGAGCAAA